AUGAGAAUACCCUAUUUCUCACGCAUCUGGGUAAUCCAAGAGGUCCAGCUCAGCAACAAAGCCACCCUCACCGUUGGUGACGUCACGAUAGAUUGGGACCGAUUUUUGAGAUAUCUGAGCAAUUACAGAGAUAAGACGCUCGAGGGCACGGGUGAAUGGAAGCACGAGGGUGGGGGCGAGGGGAAGUAUGGAUAUGGGCGCGAGUGGAAGCGCGAUGGUGAGCGCGAAGGUAAGCGCUGGGUGCAGCAUUGGGUGGAGUACCUCAACAUCGAGCAAAGCGACAUGAGUAUAAUAUCGCUGCUCAGAGCCACACUGCAUUGUCGAUGCGGUGAUGCGCGGGAUAGAUUAUAUGGCUUGCUAGGCCUCACUGGUAGGAACGAGCGAUCCGAUCUUCCGGUCGAUUAUGGCAUCAACGUCCAACAGCUCUAUACAGGCUUGGCUAUGUACUGGCUUACAGAAUGGGGAUCCUGGCCACUCCAGUCAUACAUAUUGGAUCUUGCCUUUCUUCCAAAAACGACCCCAUUGCUGCCGUCGUGGGUUCCCGACUGGGAGUCUCUUUCUAAUAUAGAGACAAGCCACGAGCACACCCCCUCAGCAUCCGCAACGCUCGAAUUCAAAUCUACAGACCUGGGGAGAUCUUCGUCAGGUCUGAACUGGCGUUGGCCCAGGAAACACGCAUCCCAAUAUAGAUGGACACUAGAAGACAUUUGCAGACCACAGGGUACAGCAAGACCACUACCAGAAGCCGGUAUAAUGGUGGUCGACGCCGUGCAUUUACUGUCUGUUCUAGAAGACGAGAUUCACUUCACCGACAUCAACGGUAAUCCGUUAUAUGGUCUGGGUUUCGCGGACCCAAAGGAUCUGGAUUUAGCAGACCCCGAGAAUCUUGGUCGAACAAAGAAUCGCAUGCCGCGCGAAGACGCUGAAUUGCAUGUUCUGGUCAACUGGAAUCGAGCCUGUCUGUUAAAGUUGCAUGCCAACAAAGUUUAUAACCUCGACAGACCAUGUGAAAUAUCGUGCGGUCUGCGAGGUAUUCUGACUGCUGACCCAUGGGCUAUCAGGCAAGACUUCACCCACCACUCCCAUCGUGAAAAGUCAUCUCAGAGUGAUUAUCUCUCAAUGAGAGAAGCAGCCCUUGCGGGCUACAAGCUUAUCCCGGGCUUUCGUGAACGUGGAAAUAUAUCUGCAAUAUCUGGGCAGCUAGCUGGCCUUGAAGUAGAGAUCGUGGAGGGUUGGCUGAUCGAUCUUUUAUUCUUCAGUACACGCGCUGGAAGCGCAUUCGCGAAGUCAACAGUCAGCGCCAUCAUUCAAGAUCACUGGAAGCAGCAUUUUCCUUUAGCGACCGCUGCUAGCCAACAAUCAGAUUGGUUGUCCGACGCACACGUAGCCGAAAGCCAGGAGCCGGUCGAAAUGGCGGCCAUCAGGGAACAGCAGGAGCGUGUCAUGGCUUUUGCCUUUGAGAACGCACCACUCGGCUUCGACAUCACUGAACCCGCCGACAUGACUGGAUCCGCUCAUCAAGAGCUAACCGAGUUGGUCAAGAAGAUCUACAAGCCUCCUGACUCGCAUGGUAUCAAUCUGUUAGACGCAGGACUCUCUUUCCGCAUAGAGCGAGUUCGAAAAACGUGGUACUGGAGGCAAAUCUUAUCGAUGGGAGAAAUGCACGAAUAUCUAGAUGGGGUUGUUCAACGCCACACGAGCGCCUGCAAGAACUUUCAGUCUCCUUCCCUGGCGAUAUUGCAGAUUAACCCCUUUCUACUACCUGUAAUUGUCCGUACCCUGGGCACGCUUGAACGGACAUCAGAGAAACCCAAACAGGAAACCGUACGCGUCACGGUGGGUGACAUGAUUCGUAAUGCUGUCACGCUGCUAGAUGACCUCAAAAUCGAUGACAAGUUCACGCUCGAGCAGAACAUCAACAUACUCUGGAUUAUCGUGUUGACGAUGGAGAUGAUUGCGCGGUUAAGAGGUGUACUACAACAACGUCUUGUUCUGAACGCCAUCGCAGACAAGAUGCACAAAGUGCAAAAGAUAUACCUUAUCUAG